AUGCAUAUCCCAUCCAGAAUUGACGACAAUCUCCACCUGCUUUCCGGGUCUAAGUACUUCACCAAACUGGACCUGAAAUCCGGUUACUGGCAGAAGGCUGAAAAUGACAAAGAGAAAACGGCUUUUCAAGUGGGAAACUUGGGUUUCUACCAGUGCACCCGGAUGCCAACGCCCCAGCAACCUUUCAAAGUCUACAUGUUUCUGGGUGACCAUCACGGCCUGAUCGAGUUCACUCGUCUGUUGAAGGCGCACGUGGAGGACCUGAUAUCCGAAUACGGUGUCAUCGCCGUUGAAGCACGCCUGUACACAGAAGACCCACACUCCUACCGCCUUAAAAGUACCGUCGUGUACGAUUAG